GUCAACAGGACCAAAACACCAGCAGCAACAGCACACCGGAGCUUCACUUCUGGACUGUCCGCUGGCCAUCAGCAGAUACCUUACCUGUCUGGCUGCAUUAACUCUGCCACGUCUUAGCAAACAGCCGUUUAGACAGCAGCAGUUGGUCCACGUUAGCACCUCAUGCUAGUAUAUUAUGCUGACAUAUUCACCAAACCUAGAUGACAUAACAAACAAUCCGACCAUUAACUAACACUAUGAGCGAUCACUAUGAGAGAGUGAAGAUUGAGCUCCAGCAGAUGAAGGAGGCGGAGAACGAGGCCGCGGCCGACGAGGAGCAGCUGUCCCCGGCCACAGCCUCUUCAAUCCCCGCUGACGUUUCAUUUACGGCACGGAGAGACCUGUCCAGAAGUAGCGUUAACGGGAGAAGUCGGAGUAAAAGUAGGAGCAAAGCAGACGGUCAUGAGAGACAGGUGAACGGUAAACAGCUUGCGGAUCCGACAGCGCAGAAGUCAGACUCUUCACAAGGACAGAGCCGUGUGAGCAACGAGCCAAACCUUCACAAUAUAGGAACUGCAAGGCUUUUAAAGAGUAAAACGGCGGCAAACGGUUACGCUGAGUCAUGUCUGAGACAUACAGAUGGGAAAUGUGAGCAUCAUGGCAAAGAGGACGGGAGCAAAGCGGCCAAAAAGAGGAGAGGUGUGACGGUGGACACCUCCAAGGCAAAGACGUCUCUCGAGGCGCUGAAGAUGAGCAUCAGACAGCUGAAGUGGAAAGAG